AUGAAUAAUAUUUUGACGAAGACAACAACAAUUACUAUUAAUAUUACUACUAUUACUACUACUACUACUACUACUACUACUACUACUACUACUACUACUACUACUACUACUAUUAGCACUUUUAAUAUGACAACUGAAGUUCGCUCUGUUGUGUUAGUUGGUUUAGUAUAUGUAUAUUGCUAUACGGUAAAAGAAGAGACUAUUUCACACUUGUCAUUUAAAAAUCAAUAUUUAAUCAUGUUCAAUGUCAACAAGUCAAAUAGAUGA